CACUCUACAGUCACGUGACCGGUAUUGUGCCAGUAAAAUACGUUAUAAGUUUGAAGUUUCGUUUCAUUCGACCAUCUAAAGAAAAAGCUGCAAGGUCUACUAAGGAGGAAAAUUACGGUAAAUCGACCUUAUUCGAAGCGCAGAAUGGUUUUAAAUACACCAGAGGGAUUAAAACCUGGCAUUUCUCGAGCAAGACAACUGGCAGAAAGCGAUGACAUUGCAAGCAGUCUGGUAGUCGAUUCGGUUCUUGGGUUUACGACACACAAAAUGGCUGCCAGGUUCCGACCGCUCAAAAUCGAUGCCACAGUAGUCAAAAGGGCUUUGCUGAGAUUUCUAAACGAUGGGGACGUCGAUAAAGCAUACGACGAAAUAGUUUUCAAUGCUGGCGAUUGGGGACGCUGUUACUUCUUGAACAAAUCGAAGAAUCAAAUUGCUGCAUUCAAAGACCAUAUGCUAAGAUACAUUGGGAUCUUUCAUCGAGAUGCAGGCUUCAAGAUACACAAGUGUAACCGCUAUUCUGGCGAGUCUAAUGGUGCCAAAGUUGUGUCAACUGGCCACUGGGCUAAGGGUGACAAGCUACCAAACUUGUGUGGCUGCAUUGCAGAGAUGUCAGAAGAAGAAGAGAAGGCUUUAUUACGGGCAGGAGAAAAUGAUUUCAGCAUCAUGUUUUCCACCAGAAAGAAUCUAUCACAGUUAUGGCUAGGCCCUGCUGCUUAUAUCAACCAUGAUUGCAGGCCAAACUGUAAGUUUGUGUCAACUGGCCGGGAUACAGCUUGUGUGAAGGUGUUGAGAGACCUGGAAGUGGGCGAUGAGAUUACAUGCUUCUACGGAGAAGAUUUCUUUGGAGAUGAUAACUGCAACUGUGAAUGUGUAACUUGUGAAAGGCGAGGUGAAGGCACUUUCAAAUCUAAGCAAAAGGAAAAUGUGAAGAAACAGAAAUACUCCUUACGUGAGACAGACAAAAGGCUCAAGCGACUCAACAUCAUGAAGGAAUCAUUUAUGGAUUAUGAGGACAACCUUGAUUCACCCAGUCUGCCCUCGCAUCUGGAGUUGCUUACACCUCAACUUCUACUCACGUCACCCAAGCACCACAACAAUCUGCUUGACCUAGAAAACCUCCAGAUCAGUGCAUCUGUAGAGUGUGAGAGUUCUGUGGAUGAGGUAAUUGACCAUGGUGUUGCCUGGCCUGCUGGUUACACACCAGGUAAUACCAGGAAAUCUGGACUUAAAAAAAGAGACUCUGUUAGCUGCAUCUCGAAUCUCAAAACGAGACAACUCAAAAGGAAAAAGCAUGUUGCAAGAAUUUCAGCACCUAAACGCCGCCGUUCUUCAAGACAAAGUUCUUCGUCAGAGACUUUUGAGAUGCCUGAUGAAGGGGCAAAUGUUAAUCCCUGUCACACUUUAGAAUAUACAGAAUCUCUGCUAGGUGCUUCUGGGCAGAACACUUCAAUUUAUCACUGUGAAUCAAAUGGACUUAGUGUGAAUAUUCCUCUGGUUGACUUUUCCACAUCAAUCCUAAGUAGCAACUCUAAAUAGAAACCUCUUUUUUCGUUAAUCAUAGAAAGUCUCACUUUAGUUAAGUCCUUUUCUUUUACUUAUACUGUAUUUACCAAAUAUUCUAACUUAUUAAGCUCACCUUUCACUAUUAAAGUAAACAGAAACAGAGAAGUAUGCUGGGACUUGAGAGCUUGCCAAAGCUUGGACAGAAGACGAGGAAAAGAGAACUGUUCUGUUCCUUUCUUCUUGACUUGGAUUUGAUCCCCAUUGAUUGCCACUUGCAAAGUAAGCAAAUCAUCACAGAAAGCAUAACUUUAUCGGCUUCUCCCAUCAUUUCCAUUUUCCUUUUCUGUUUCUGCUUCCUUCACUAGUAAAGAUCUUGCAGGAUUUUAUUAAGUAUGUCUAUUAUUGUCAGACAUAGGAUUUGAUCCUCUAGCUGUCAAACAAAAUAACAAAAAUGUAAAAAAAAAAGACAAAUUAAUCACAAGCUAAGGGCUGAUAUUGAGAGGCAAACCUCUGUUAUGUCUGGUGAGGCCUUGGUAAUGGCAAACUCAUUGUGUGACUACCUGCACUUUGCAGCUAUUACAGAUUAUCCUUGUAUUGUGAGGUCUUUAAUGAGAAUUCUUUGAAGAACUGAUAUCUCACCAAAUGUGGUCUCUUGUGACCAAUAGAAUUGUGCAACAGCUCACAAUGGCUGCAAGGAGAUUGGCACACAGUCAUGAUUGAUGCUUGCCUUCUACCUCCCCAUAAAUAGUUUUCUAGCUAAAGGUAUGGUAAAUAAAAGCAACAUUGUCCAACUUGUCUCACAAAAAAAAUUGCAAGCUGAAAAUGUUUGUUGCAGAAAGUAGGUUAUUCUACUUUUUGCAACAAAACUUGUGAAUGUUGCACCUAUUACUACAAUGAAUCAGCUUGUCUCACAGCAAAUUGAUGUCAACACACCUCAGGCUGCAACUCUGAGGCUUGUGAUUGGUUACUGCUCGUAUUACCUCACCCUGUUAUAUGUAGAAACAGUAACAUGGGAAAAGUCACAUUUUAUUGUUAAGUGUUAUCGUCUUCCAUAGUAGUGUAGAAGGAAAACCAAACCAGGCAACAACAAUUAUAGUAAUUAUGAGAAAUUGUUGUGUGCUGGCUUAAGGACCCCAUGAUAAGUGUAGCUUUAUGUCUUCUUAAUUGAAUCACUAAAGAAGUUAAUAUUU